CUGCAAGGUAAAAUACUAUUACUAUAUAUUUUUAUAUAGUACAAUACUCGACAGAAUCUAAAAGGGUAGCAGUUGCGACGACACUCCCAAAGGUUCAACAGUCGUGUUUAGUGAGACUCCAUCACCAGUAUCGAUUAAACCCUUCUGUUCAACAAACUUUAUUUUGCAAACUCUUCAAAAAUGCGUGAGUGCAUAUCAAUUCACGUUGGACAAGCUGGAGUCCAAAUUGGUAAUGCUUGUUGGGAAUUAUACUGCUUAGAGCAUGGAAUCCAGCCUGAUGGUCAAAUGCCAUCUGAUAAAUCAAUUGGCAGUGGUGACGACAGCUUCAACACCUUUUUCAGUGAGACUGGUGCAGGCAAACAUGUACCCAGAGCUGUUUUCAUCGAUCUUGAGCCAACGGUGGUAGACGAAGUCCGAACUGGAACAUACCGUCAAUUGUUCCACCCAGAACAGUUGAUCACUGGUAAAGAAGAUGCUGCCAACAAUUAUGCUCGUGGUCAUUACACCAUUGGAAAAGAAAUUGUUGACUUGGUCUUGGAUCGGAUCCGUAAACUUGCGGACCAAUGUACUGGUCUUCAAGGUUUUUUGAUUUUCCACUCUUUUGGUGGUGGUACUGGAUCUGGAUUUACUUCUCUUCUCAUGGAGCGUCUCUCUGUUGACUAUGGAAAAAAAUCCAAGCUCGAAUUUGCCAUUUACCCAGCUCCACAAGUCUCAACUGCUGUUGUUGAGCCAUACAACUCAAUCUUGACCACCCACACAACUCUUGAGCACUCUGAUUGUGCUUUCAUGGUUGACAACGAAGCCAUCUAUGACAUUUGUCGCAGAAACUUGGACAUUGAACGUCCAACUUACACCAACUUGAACAGACUCAUUGGUCAAAUUGUGUCAUCAAUUACAGCAUCUCUUCGUUUUGAUGGUGCACUCAAUGUUGAUUUGACUGAAUUCCAGACUAACUUGGUACCAUACCCACGUAUUCAUUUCCCAUUGGUCACAUAUGCUCCAGUUAUUUGUGCUGAAAAAGCUUACCAUGAGCAGCUCUCAGUUGGCGAGAUUACCAAUGCCUGUUUCGAGCCAGCCAACCAAAUGGUCAAGUGUGAUCCACGUCAUGGUAAAUACAUGGCAUGUUGCAUGCUUUAUCGUGGUGACGUUGUCCCCAAGGAUGUCAACGCCGCUAUUGCUACCAUCAAGACCAAGCGUACCAUUCAAUUUGUUGACUGGUGUCCAACUGGUUUCAAGGUCGGUAUCAAUUACCAACCACCAACAGUUGUACCAGGUGGUGAUCUUGCCAAGGUUCAACGUGCUGUCUGCAUGUUGUCCAACACCACUGCCAUUGCUGAGGCAUGGGCUCGUCUCGAUCAUAAAUUCGAUCUCAUGUACGCCAAACGUGCCUUCGUUCAUUGGUACGUUGGUGAAGGUAUGGAAGAAGGUGAAUUCUCAGAAGCACGUGAAGAUCUUGCUGCUCUUGAAAAAGAUUACGAAGAGGUUGGCAUGGACUCGGCUGAGGGUGAGGGUGAGGGUGCUGAAGAAUACUAAGCAACUCAAUAAAAAAAUAAAAAAUACUGCAACCUUCUCCCUGAAUAUGGAACAAAUAAAAAAAAAAACAAAAUUAAUUAUUAAUGUAACCAUGAAUAAAAACUUUUGUAAUAAAAAAAUGUAGUAAUUUGUCAUUGAUAAAUAAAUAUAGAACACAUAUUCAUACUAUUUCCAUGUUGAGUAAUUUUAUUUUAUUAUUCAACACUUGAACAUCCUAUCAAAAUUAUAUGCUUCUCAAGGCAUUAUGAAACGGUUAUUAAGAAUGUGGAAUAUAUAUGUAUAAUAUAUUAGUAUAUAUAACUGAUUAUUAAAUUUAUUACAAGAAACGAUUUUACCAAAAAAAUUAAAUAAAAAAAAACAUUUAAAUUUCAAAGCUUUAUAUUUUUUUUUUAUUCCGGUAUUAUAAUUAUUAUUUUGUAAUUUUUUAAUUAAUAGAUUGUUUAAUUUUAUUUAGAUGAGCGUAAUUGUAUUGCUAUAUACACGAAAAACAAACAUUACAAUAAUAAUAACAAGAAUAAUCCUCAUAAUAAUAUUAUAGAAUUGUUUAUCAAUUUUAGUGUAACACUAACAUCUUUUACUUGAUAUCUCAUUUUUUUUUUUUUAAUAAUUGUUCAAAUUAUUUGUUUAUGUGCUUUUUUUUUACUGUGUGAAAGAACUUUGGGUUUAAAUUUCCACAUUUUUUUUAUUUUCCACAGUGGAUUUAUUUGUCUUUUUCUUAUUUGUUCAUUUUAGAGUAAUAUUGUAUUAUUAGCAAAUUGUAGGGCUUUUUAUAAUCCCGGUCCCAUUAGCUUUGACUUUUUUUUUCUUAAUUUUAAAAUUGAAAGAAAAAAAAGAGAUAUAAUUAAAAUAUUUUUUACCAUGAUUGUUAAAUGAAUGACAUUAUUGCCUCAUUAUUUUGUAUUAUUAUAUUAUAACGAUUUUUUUUUUUUUUUAUCUUGUUUUUAUUUAUUUUUUAGUUUUUUUUUAUUUUAAUAUUUUUGUCUCUUAUAAUUAAUAAAUAUUACAGUGCAUUAUCUAAAAAAAUCUGUCUUUUUUAUGCAUCUUAAACGUUCAAAUACACUUUACUCGAAAUUUACAAUAUUAUUGCCCUUACAAACAUUUAAAUUAUUAUCAAGCCAUAAUAAUAUGUGAUUUAUUUUUUUUUUCAACUUCAUACAAUUAUAUUUUAAUUUAUUCGACAUUUUUUUAUUUUAAUAGUAUAUAUAAGAAGAAUUUUUAUUAUUAUUACUACGCAAAAUAUGCGUGUGCUUGAGACACUAAUAAAGUCAUUAGCAAUUAUUAAUUUUUUUUAUAAUUAAUUAGUUUGUUUUUUUUUAUUUUUUAAAUAAUUUUUGUUCCCGUUUUUCGAGUCGAAUCCCGCGUAUACGAUCGACUAUCUUUGUUUAAAAUUUUUUUUUAUAUAUGUUUAUGUAUAUGUAAUAGAGAUAUAUAUUUUUUAAAUUAGUUUUAUCAGCUGUUUUUUGUUUUUUUUUUUUGCUGUUAUAUCAUUUUUGUUAAAAAAUUUAAUUUUUAUAAAAAUCAAAAUAAGUAAAAUAUUUUAUUUACAAUUUUUUUUUUUCAAAAAUAAAAAAAUUAAAAGGAAAUAUAUUAUUGUAAAUAAUUGCCUAAAAGUUUUUGUAACAAAAAAUUUUCAUCAAGGGAAAAUGUAUUGAUUAUUUAAUAAUAAUUCAACCUAAAAAUAAUAAAAAUUGAUUCUAAAAUAUAUAUAAAUAAAAAAUAAUAGAAAUUUAUUGAGAUAAUUUUUUUUUUUGUUUCUUUUCUUUGUUCAGCUUUCUUAGACAAAUUAAACGGUUUUUUUUUACUUUAAAUAUUUUAUUACAUUAAUUACUUUAUUAUUUUGAAGCUCGAUUAUUGUGAAUUAAUGAAAGGAGUUACAUGAAAGCUCGAUCAACACCUUCAUUAUUACAUUGUAUACAUAAUAUAUAUUUGCAUUCAAGUGAUAACUUUUUUUUUUUUUAUUUAUCAAUCAUGAGAUUUACAACAAUGCUUUAUUAUUUUUAUAAUUAUUAUCACUCAAAACAUCAAAUACACUGAAGAUAUAUAAUAAAAUAUUGAUAAAAAAUAAAAAGCAAAUUAUCUAGAUAAUUUGAGCAACCUAUACUGCAAUAAAAGCAAAACAAUAAUAUCAAUAAUGAACAAAAAGAAAAGUAUUUUAUAAAUAAGUAAACAAUGACAGCGAAAGAAAAAAUAUUGAAAUGUAUUAAAAAAAAAAAAAAACAUUUCAAUAUUUUAUGUAAUUAUUUUUUUAAUAUAUGACAAUUAAUUAACAAUAAAUCUUAUAAAUUACAAGUACUCAACAAUAUUUGAUUAAAAAAUAAAAUGAUACUCUCCUUUCAUCUGGGAUUUUUUUUUUUCUAGCAUUAUUUUUUCCCUUUUUUUGUCUUCAUUUUUCGUGCUCAAUAAUAUUAAUAGCAAUUAUGCAAAUACAAAAUAUAUAUAUUUUAAUGAUUCUUCGAGGAUUUUGGACCCCGAGUUUUCGUUUGCUGUUUGCGCUAUUUGUUUUGUUUUUUGUUCUGUAAUUAAUCUCUCUUCUUCACUUUCUCGACAACCCUAUUCAUUUAAAUCUGUUUUCUACCAUUUCUUUCACUCUUCAUUUGUAUUUUUUUUCAAUUAUACUUUUUAAAUUUAUAGGUAUGUUAUUAUUUUUUUUACGGUGAAUAACAAUUGAUAUGGAUUGAGAAAUUUUUUUAGGUUUCAGUAGAAAUCGAUAAAGCGAAGGAAGAGUUGUUCAAUAAUUUUUUCAAUCAAUGCUGUAAAAUAAAAUUUUUAUAGAGAUAAAUUAACUUUCAUUUUUCAUAUUUAAUAAGAAAAAGAAAACAGUGAAAAUUUUUUAUCAACAAAGUAUACUGAUAAACAUCAAUUUUAUAUAAUAAUUUUUUGUAUCAAUCAUUUUUUAGAAAUUGCAAAAUAUUUUAUAAACGAUUCUUUGAAAAUUAACAAAAAGAUAACAUUCAGCAUUGAUGAAAUAAUUAUGAUAUAUCAAAACAGAUAUAUAUAUAUAUAUUUGUAUAAUAUAAUGAUUUAGAAAUUUUUGUUUGUUUUUUAAAUCUAAUAUAUAUUUUAUUAGUUAGAAUAUAUUUUUUUAUUUUUUUGACCAAUUAAUUUAUGCAAUGGUUUCAAAUAAUAUAGACCAAACAAUUCUACAAUAGAUAUGUUUACGUUUACUACGCAUUUAUAUAGAUAUUUUAUUUUAUCAUAUCUUUAUUAUUUGAGACUGUUCGUAUUCAUUAUUUUUCCAUAAACUUAUAUUAGUUUGUUUUUUUGUUUUUUUUAUUUUUUAUUUCCAGUAAGUAUACAUUAUUUUUUUUUUUAUUUUUAGUUUUCUACUAUGACAUAAAGCACUCUUUCACGCCAGCUGAGUAAUCAUGUUUACAAUUGCAAGCCUAGUGAUAUCACUUGAAUUAUAACUUUUUUUUAAACACUUGGUUUUUAAUAUUUUAUUUUUAUUUCCAUUUUUUAAAUUAAUUUAUAAUUAUUUUUCAUUUUUAUAAUUAUUUUAUAUCAUUUUUAAUCAAUCAUUAAUUUUUCUAUAAAUUAAUGCUUACAAUAAUGAUAAUAAUAGCAGUAUAAUGAUUUUUUUUAUUUAAACUUUUUUUUAAAGAAAAAAAAAUUAAAAGAAGCAAAAGUUUAUCUUCUAACAUGUUAUUUUUAUUUUUUUUUUUUUGUUAUUACUUAUCAAGUUUUUAUAUUAUUAUUAUUAUUGUUAAUUAGUUAAUUAAUUUAUCAUUUUUUCUGACAUUUUUAUUGAACCAACAAUUCACUCAUACUUGUUAAUUUUUUUUAUUUCUAAAUUAUUUAACGUUUAUCUACCCUCUUGCUCCUUUUUUUUAUUAUUAUUUACUUUUUUUUUAAUAUUAUUUUUACAUUAAUAUUGCGUUCACCCAUCAUUAUCAGACUAUUAUUAAAUAAAAAAAAAAAUUAUCAUUUUACCCUGGAUUGAUGUACUUUUUUUUUUUUUUUUUUUCUUUUUUGCUUCAUAAUUAUUAAGCUGAUGCGCGAUAAUAUCGGAAUUUAAAACGUGAUAUACGAAUAAAUUUAAUUAAAAUUUUAUUUUACGUGAGUUAAAUCCGAUAAUCGCAACAUCGAUUUACUUCCUGCAUAACCGAACUCGUGUCGACGGGGUGGUAAUCAUUGGGGAAUAGAUUUUUUUUCUUUUAUUAUUUAGUUUCCUCAAAUAUUAUUAUCAUUGAUGCAUAUAAAUAUUUUGUAUUUUUAUCGUCAUUUAGUUUAAAAGUUAAAAAGAGAAAAAUUGAAAAAACGAAAAAAAAAAAAACUGGAAGAUAAUGCAAAAAAUUGACAAUUCAAAUUAUUUGUAUUAAAAAAAAAAAAAAAAAUCUUUCGUUUGAGGAAGACAAUAGUGACUAAUCAAUAUUGAAAGUAAUUUGUGGUUAAUCCAGAAAUAAUCCCAAAGGGUUAAUAGAAGUUUGAAAUUGAAUAGAUCUUCUUAUCAUUGGUUUGCAAGGAUGGCAAAGAUGAUACUGAUACUCUUGAUUAAUCAGAAAAGAGAAAAAAAAUGUACAUAUAUAUUUAUAAAGUUUUAAGUCGUUAAUCUUCAUUUUCCAAGAGUAAUAAUUACGUAACUUUUAUAAGAGAAAAAAUCAAAUUAAAAAAUUUAAAAAAAAAGUUUUAACAAUAACAAAUUUAUAAUCAAAUAUAAUUUUGGCACAUUUUUAAAUUUAUAUGAUCAAUAAAUAUUUUUCAUUACCCCGACACUUUAAUACUAACAUUACUUGUUUAUUCGACAAUUAUUAUUUGGCACUAUGAUCUGCAAUUUUUUUUUUUCUUUUAUUAAUGCAGAUUAUAUAAUUUUUAAAAAGCAAUUUGGCCAUACAAAAAUAUGGCUUUGUUAAAUUAUUUAAUAGUCAUGUAUUAUUAUAUUUUUCUAAUCGAUGGGUCACGCGUGCGCGCGACGACACCUAAUAUCCUAUAAAAACUAAGUUACUUCUUAGGUGAUUGCCUUGCGUUACGAUAAAAAUUGAAUGACUGACAAGGCCCGAUUAAAAUUAUGAACAUUCAAUUAAGCUAAAGUAAAAAGAAAUUGAAACUAAAUUUGAAAAAGAUUGUUUUCUUGAAAAUAAUACUUUGAAUUGUUUUUUUUUUUUUUUGUUAAUACUAUACAAAAUAAUAAUUGUUUUUUUUUUUUAAAUUUAAAUUAAAGUAUAAAAGUUAAUUUCAUCUUUUGGACCUUGGCAGUAAUCACGCAGUAAGGAUAAGGCCCCUGCACUAACAGAUUGCUCUACGCCACAACGUAAUUACAAGUGUCUAAGUACUUUUGAAAAUAAAAUAGAAAAUAAAUUAAAUUUAUUGAAUAAUUUUUAUUAUUAUUUUUUUAAAAGUAUGUCUUUCAUAGAACUAACAUUGCAAUUAAAUAAAAAAAAAGAAAACAUUUUUUAAUUAAAAGUGUUUAUCAAAUAAAAUUAAUUUAAAUUUUUUUUUUUUUUUUCUUUAAAAUGUGAAUCAAUUUUUGGCACAUUUUUGAGAUUUAAAUUCAUAAAUAAAAAUCAAUUAAUUUGAUAAAGUGUAUAUGUAAUAUAGUUUGAGUAUUAUUAAAAUUUGGUAUAAUGACAAUGCUUAAUAAUUAAAAUUAUCUUUGUUAAUAUUUUAAUUAAAUAAAAUUGACAAAAUAUUUGAUUUUAACAGUCGAAAUUUUCCUAAAAUAUAUUUAUGUUUUUAAAAUGAUAUUUUUUAUCGUUAAGAAAUUUAAAUUUUAACAAGUUAAUACUAAUCAUAUGUUUAACCGGAUAUGUGAAUUUUUCAAUUUCAAUUUGACAUGUUUUAUUUUCUUUAUCAACUAAUUAAUAACUAAUAAUCGAAGAAAAAAAAAAAUGUAUUUGAGAGAUAAUCGAAUGCCCAUAAAAAAGUACAGAGGCCGAUAAAAUUUUAUAUGCCAAACACAUUUUUUAAUAUAAUUUUUUUUCAAGUUUAUGAUACUUUUUUUUUAAAUUGAUAAUUCUUCAUUUUUUUGGCCGUAAGUGUACCUAAUAAUUGUUCAAUUUAAUCAUUCUUAAUUAAUGACUAUAAACCGAUUCUAAUCACAGCGAUAUUUUAUUGUUGAUAUACAUAAUCAUUCAGCAUCUCACUAACUCGUAUUCACUUUUUUUUUUUUUUUUUAUUGUUAUUUUUACUUUGUUUGUUAUAUUUCAAUUUACUCAUUCAAUGAUAUUUUAAUAUAAUUUUAUUUUUUAUAAAAUUGAUAUUUCUGUGGAAAAUUACGGUGAUAAUACCUUGAUGUGGGGAGGACAACUGGAAAUCUACUGAAAUUCGAUAUAAUUUAGUUUUCAUUAUUUGA